UAACAAUGCUCAACAGCCUCCUUACCAGCAGUUACCUACAAUACAAGUCGGACACUAACACAGUCGCCUCCUGGCUGGCGAGCACAGCCAGAAAAUGUGGAUACGCAGCAGAUCUCUUGACAAAAGGCAAACAAAAACAACAGGGUAGUGGUAGACUGAAAGGGAAAGCGAGAAAGCUGGCCCGAAAUGCUCCCACGAAACCUACGCCUUCGACUCCUCCGGCUCAGACGUAUAUCAUUGCUAUCAAGGAUUUUAUUGGGUUGGCGGAGUACAUUGCGGGCUACAAGGGAACCCGCGUGGAGGUUCCAGAGGGCUUUGCUUCUUCGCUUCACCGUGCGAUUGCUGUGAGACGAUCGCAUGGUACUGAUGUUUCUGAGGCUCCGAGGAAGACGACGGAAAGCCAGGCUUCGGAUGACCGGCACUCGUAUUUCAUUGGGGUUCUGGAGCAUGUACGGGACACUCUGCGUCCUUUGAUGCCCGAAAGUCUCAAGAACAUGGAGUCAGAGACAAAGCCGGCGGAUGCGGAGAAGUUGUCCAAUUUAUUCGACAAGUUGGAGCUUUUCGAGCCGUCUGAGGACUUCCUCAAUGCCCCUGAUGCUACCCCCUCAGCGCCAGGCGAGCCGCCUUCUGCCGCUCGCUACGAGGCUGAAAGACUUCAAGGCUUUGAAGAGGCCCUUCUCCUGUUCCAGCUUCUUGUGCAGGAUAUGGGCAAGAUUCGGGCGGUCAUUCUGGAAGCAUGGUCAGGGUACAAAAUGGGAAUGUUCGACCUGGUAUCCGCGUCUGUGACGACCAAUACUGCGGUGGACAUUGCUCGGCGCAUGGAGGAAGACGCGCAGCCUAUACUUGACAAGCACGGUGGAUCCGAGAAACUUCUGAAAUUGCUGCAUCUUGGCUACUGCAUUGAACGCGAAGAGGAACCUACCUACAAGGAAAGACCAGAUGACUUCCUCAAUCUACGAGUAUACGACCUUGCAGAGAAGGCUUUCUGGCCUACCUAUCUUCUCUUGGAGGGAUUCUGCGCCAUUGCUAAAGGUAGAAAAAACAUUCCACAAUACAAGCCCGGUCACUACGGAACGUACAAUCCGUUGAACGAUCGCUCCAAGAUGACAGACCGCGAAAAGUCCUACGAAGACAGAGCCCUCCUGAUGGAGAUGCUAUCGGAAAUCAAUUUUUUGUGCAAGGCUAGUCCGACGCCGAUGUCUUGGGAAGACGAGUUGACCAGUGGCUUGCGGAAGACGCUGUGUGAAACUGGCAAGAUUCCGCUAUGGCUCACAUUUGCCGCCCACCUUUGGUUGGACACUCACCACACGCUCAGAAACGAGGUGUCACGAGCAUAUGACGAUCUAUAUGAAGCAGCUGUGAAAAUGGGAGGCUCGAUCAAGGAGAUCCUCGACUUCCAUCGCUCACUCAGAGUUGACAACUGGCCGCGAUCAAAUGACAUGGCGUUUAUGAUCUUGCUCGAGCGCAUCGAAUGGGUGGUCGAAGAAGACACACUGCAGGACGCUAGGCGAAGGGCUGGCCGGCCGGUUGGACAACCUUUCGACUGGCUCAAACAACAUCCCAUCUACGCUGGUCUCUACCUCUAUCAUAUCAAGGCCAUGUUCCAGGAAAUGGGGAUUACAUUUGUUGGCGCUUGGGGCUCGGUCAUGUACGCCGGACACUUAUACAACGCCGUGCGUCAGGAAAAGCUUCUCAACACUCGAUGGGAUGAUAUGGAACUCCUCUUCGUGCUACACGAGAAUUUCUUCGUGGGAGGUAGACCCAAAACACCAGACGAUUACCUGAAGAGAUUUGUUCUGAGCCUGGGAGCAUCCGCAUCAACAUUCGCCAAAAACAAGCGCAAUCAACAAAUGGAAGAAUCCAAAAGGGGCCCCAGGAGUCUUACAGAACUCGCACCGGUUGCGCGAAUGUUCCAUCAACGCUACUGCGAAACGGGCGCCAGAACCGAUCUAGCCCCCGAAGACCUUGAAACAAUCCUAUCAAAAGGCAUGUGGGAAGAAAACGAAGAAGAAAGUGCCGAAAUGUCCGCAGCAGAUGGCCAAGACCUCCGCGUCUUCGCCCGAAGCGAACAACCCUCAAAGGAACAACGCCAUCGCCGCCGCCGCUUCACCCCCCCGCAACUCCUCCGAGCCCUCCGCAACUCCCUCGGCGCUGAAGCCCUCGAGUUCUCCUUCGACUACCUCAAAAUGCACAAGAUCUGCUGGACGCUCCUGCGCGCUGUGGAGCGACAGUGUCGUCCGCACUUGACACAGAUGUUCGGACCGAUGUACAUUGAGCAUGAGAACCAGCUGCCGUAUGUUGUCAGCUAUGUGUUUAUGGCUGCUACCAAGACUGAUCGGAUUAAUGCGGUUAUUGCGAAGAAGAAGGAGAAAGUUGUUACUAGUGCGCUGUUGGUGGAGGCAGCGGGUGUGCUGGGUGAGCAUAUUCGGGAUGGUGUUGGGGCGGCUGUGAGUCGGGAGAUGGGGUUUCCGUAUGAGAUUAAUAUACAUUAGACAUUCCUAGAUGACUGCCCAGGAUUUGUUUACUAGCAAUGAGCCCAACACAAAAUUUCAUCCAUACCAUGGAACACACAGGUAUUCG